UUGUCAUGCGCACUGACUGCAGCUCAGAUGAGACGCACACACGCAUAAAUCUCCUCCUCAGUCCAUCCUCGUCCUCACACUCAUCGUAUCUUCCUCAUGAGGAGCACAACUGCUUUUAAGAACUGUAAUGCAUGCGGAGAACCCAAACCCCAAACUGACAAACCCAAACCGAUGUACCCUACCGAACAAACUACAGAAGCACGAUGGAAGAUCUACCAUCUUGACCAGUCGCCAUGACUAAAACUUUACCGUGUGUUGACGUAGACACAAUCAAGAUUUCUUAUCUUCUUGACUUUCAAACUGUGCUCUGAUUGGCUGGUCAAGCAUGCGCACCUGUCAUCUGUUGUGACCGGGGUUUGGCAGCAGCAUGCGUCCAUGGGCGGGCUCAUGGCGCUGGAUAGCGCUGGUUCUCUUGGCCUGGGGGACGUUGCUCUUUUAUAUCGGGGGUCAUCUGGUGAAGGACAGCGACCGCGUGCCGCGCUCCAGCCGGGAAUUGGCGAAGAUCCUGACCAAGCUGGAGAGAUUAAAACAGCAGAAUGAAGACUUAAGGCGCAUGGCUCAGUCGCUACGGAUUCCUGAAGGACAGUCGGAUGGUCCGAUAUCUUCAGGAAGACUCCGAUCUCUUGAGGAGCAGCUGACCCGAGCCAAACAGAAGAUUCAGAGUUUCCAGAGACUGUCAGGAGAAGUGGGUCCCGGUCGAGAGCAGGAAGAGUUAAGGAGGAAAGUGGAGAAUGGCGUAAGAGAGUUGUGGUACUUCAUUCACAGUGAGGUUCAGAAGAUGAGUCACAUCAACCCGACGGAGAGACAGAAACACACUGAUGCUCUGCUUCAGGAUCUGGGACAUCAACAGAGAAGCGUCAUGAUGGACCUGCAGGCGUUGAGUCAGGCAGAUGGUGCAGGUGAAUGGAGAGAGAAAGAAGCCAAAGAUCUUUCAACACUGGUGCAGAACCGAAUCUCUUACCUGCAGAACCCACAGGACUGCAGUAAAGCUCGUAAGUUGGUGUGUAACAUCAAUAAGGGUUGUGGGUUCGGCUGUCAGCUUCAUCAUGUGGUUUACUGCUUCAUGAUCGCCUACGGCACACAAAGAGUUUUGAUUCUUGAAUCCCACAACUGGCGUUACGCUCCUAACGGCUGGGAGACGGUGUUUCACCCGGUCAGUGACACCUGCACGGAUCGACCCGGAACCACGACCGGACACUGGUCAGGUGAAGCCCAUGAUCGUGAUGUACAGGUUGUGGAGUUGCCAAUCGUCGACAGCCUUCAUCCUAGACCUCCAUAUCUUCCUCUCGCUAUCCCAGAAGACCUUGCUCCCCGCCUGCAGAGGCUGCACGGUGACCCGUCUGUCUGGUGGGUAUCUCAGUUUGUCAAGUAUCUGAUCCGCCCGCAGGCGUGGUUAGAGAAGGAGAUCCAGCAAACGGGAGUUAAACUGGGCUUUAAACACCCGAUUAUUGGGGUUCACGUCAGACGGACAGAUAAAGUUGGAACAGAAGCAGCGUUUCACCCUAUAGAGGAGUAUAUGGUGCAUGUCGAAGAACAUUUUCAGUAUUUGUCCCAGCGGGCCCAUGUGGAUAAAAAGCGUGUGUAUCUGGCAACCGAUGACCCCUCACUGUUACACGAAGCUCAAACUAAGUAUGCAGACUAUGAGUUCAUCAGUGAUAACAGCAUCUCAUGGUCGGCGAGUUUACACAACCGUUACACUGAGAAUUCACUUCGAGGUGUCAUCCUAGACAUCCACUUUCUGUCUCAGACCGACUUUCUGGUCUGCACCUUCUCCUCACAGGUGUGCCGUGUGGCUUAUGAAAUCAUGCAGACUCUUCACCCGGACGCAUCAUCUUUCUUCCGAUCAUUGGAUGAUAUUUACUAUUUCGGCGGACAGAACGCACACGACCAGAUUGCCGUGUACCCACAUCGGCCCCGCACGGCCGAGGACAUCCCACUGGAGCCUGGAGACGUCAUCGGUGUGGCUGGAAACCACUGGGACGGAUUCUCCAAAGGAAUCAACCGCAAACUGGGACGAACUGGCCUAUAUCCCUCUUAUAAAGUAAAGGAGAAGAUCGAGACAGUGAAAUAUCCCACAUACCCUGAGGCAGACAAACUGCUGAGCUUAUAGAGAUCAGUUUGUGUAGAGUUAUCACACGAGGACACCGGACACACAGAGAAAUUGUGUUUUAUCUCACCGAGGUUUAGAUCAUUUCAUUAUGAUCACAUUGAGCCGCCACUGAGAAACAAAUCAACAAGGGACUUUUUUCAUACUGGAGUUGGAGGUGUUUUUUUAAUCUUCUGCUGAUGUUUCAUUGGUGAAUCUCUUUAAAAUGUUUAUUUAUUACACCCCUGGCCCAUAAAAAAAUAUGUUGACCAAAAUGUGACCCGGGACCACAAAACCAGCCAUAAGGGUGAAUUAUUUUAAAUUGAGAUUUAUACAUUAUCUAAAAACUUUCCAUUGAUGUAUUGUUCGUAAGGAUAGGACGAUAUUUGGCCGAGAUACAAAAUCUAAAUAUUGAGAAAAUCGCCUUUAAAGUGCAAAUGAAGCACUUGGCAACACAUAUUACUAAUAAUAAAUAAAUAAAUAAAUAUAUAUAUAUAUGUACAAUGUAUUGUUGGCUAUUGCUACAAAUAUACACGUGUGACUUGGUUUGGCUGGCUUUGUGGUCCCGGCUCACAAAUGGGUGAUUCUCAUGCAAUUAGACUUAUGAGGUGUCAUAAAACAUUUUGAUAAAAAACUAAAUGCUAUCAAAAUAAGAAGCAUACAGUUACAAACAUCUCUUCAUGUACUAUUCUGCACAUGAUUUCAAAUGACAUCAUACAAACCAAUGUUGUUGUUUUUUCCACAUUUAAGGGGAAAAUUUUGAUUACCGCAACGUGUCCAUGACUGGAUUUGGGUUCUUUGACAUGGAAAUAUUUAUAAUUAAAAAAUCUAAAAAAUAAAAAGCUUCAGUGCAUGUUAUACUAUAAACAUUUACAGUAAAGAAACAUGUGGUAUUUGAUGAUCAUUUGUAAAUGUAGAGACAAUAAUAAGGAAUAUAAAUGUGUCCAAGAAAAAUGUUCUCAUCCUCAAUUUUCAAUCAUUGUUUAAGCCCUCAAGGAACUAACAUUUUCAAAAAAGAAAUUUGUUGUAAGGGACAUAAUUGACUGUGACACUCAAGAUGGCUACCAGGUAAACAGUUUUUAUUUUUUCUCUCCAGAUAAAAGUUGAAAUUUUGUUUGUCAUAGUACCUAGACAACAUUUUUAGUUCUCAUUACCGAAACAUGAGUUUGUAAAUGCAUAUAUUUAAUGCAAUAUCAUGUUGCUGUAAUGAUAACUUUUGAUAGUGAUGAUCUAAAAACGUAAAUAAUUCUAUAGGAAAUAUUUUUUAAAUCCUCUAAAAAACAAUUUGCAUGUUCAGACUUUUAAUCUUUAAUAAAAAAAUAGUUGGCUCCAAGGGGUUUUUAAAAAUUCUGAUGGACACACCUUUUAAGUCUGGAUUUCGUGAGAAUCACCAAAAUGAGUUUAAGGAUGAGUUUUGAACUUUGUUAUGAAUUUUUGGACAAUUAAACACAUUUUCAAAUCCAAAUGCUUUUUACUGUAAUGAGAAAAACAGUAUAAUGCAGUAUUAGUACAGUAUACUAUAGUACAUGGUAGUAUUUGCUUUACUAUGUAUAAAUCAAGGUUAUUUAAUAGUUUAAUAUUAAUUAAAAAGAUAAUUAUCAUUAAUGAGAAGUGAAACAUUGAAUUCAGAUGCAUUACAGUUAUGAGAACUUUAUACAAAUCUGUUCAACUGAUGUAGGAUAACAUCAAUGCAAAAUAGACAAACAUCUUAAACAUACUGUGUCCAUGUGUGUGUGUGUGUGUGUGUGUGUGUGUGUGUGUGUGUGUGUGUGUGUGUGUGUGUGUGUGUGUGUGUGUGUGUGUGUGUGUGUGUGUGUGUGUGUGUGUGAGAGAGAGAGAGAGAGAUUUUAUUGAAUGUGCAUUGAGGGCGAUGCCUGAAAAGAAGAAAAAAAAUGUGCAGAACAUAAUUAUAAAGAAAUGCAUUAAUAAAUAACCCAUCAGAUUCAAUUACUGAGAAAUAUUACAGAAGAAAUCUGGCAAUUUAACAAAGUAACCCAGGCAUAUAUUUUAAACAUCAACUUUUAAUGAGCAGGCCACUCAGUUUUAUAUUCAUUUGAAGUAUAAGUUUACAUGAAAUAAAAACUCAACUCAACCCCAUUUACUUUUAUUCACCAAACAUCAGUGCAUGCAUCUACAUUAAAGAAAAAACAUUUGUCUUUGUAAUCUUUGUCUUUGUAGAGUUUCAUCUGACCCAACAUUUUAUGUCAUCCAGUCCUUUAUGUAUAACCAGUGAAAAGAUUUUAUUCAGAUCCUGAUGCACCUCAUGUAUCUCCCAUUGAAUCUCAUGAUGGAUAUUCAUCAAGUCAAAGAAGAAACAUCAAACACUGUUUUCAUUAUCAUCAUUAUCUCUUCAGCAGAGAUUCAAACCCCGGAAAUGAAUCUUGUGUUUUUUUCAACAUAUGGAUGAAUUGAAUUGUCAUUGUAGAAGUAAGAGACAUUUAAGACAACAAAAUGCUGUUGUGGUGCUAAAGGCAAAUCUUGCAGUAUUUUCUCAACGCUCAUUAUUUAUUUUUAUUGACAAGAUUUUACAUUUGUCUGUUUAUUCACUGAUCUGUAAUGAACUCCUGUUUAACUUUUAUUUGUACUGAAGAAUAAUAAUUUUGAUUCUCACGAGACUUUGUGUGUGAGAUGUGUUUCAUAUGUUUUGUUUUAGGGUAACAUCUUCUAUAAACCACUGAUGGAUUAAAGUGGAGAAAUAUGAGCGGUUGUGGAUCCACAGGCAUUGAUUUAUUGUCCUUUCAUCUUAAUAAUACACCACAAUCCAACAUCAGACUGAGAUCAAAGUUCAGGUUUCAUGCAGUCAUCAAUGUUUAAAUAAAACCUGCAGUGAUUUUACAAAGGAGAUGGGGGAUCAAGUUGUAGGAACUACAAUAGUUUCAAAUGUUGUAUAGACACCGAUAUUA